UACAGAAAAAUCUUAUUCAUUUGAGUUUGGCGGGUAAAACACCGUUGUCAACUUAGUCCCUCACGGCUAAAGUAGCCGUAAUAACACCUCGCCGUAGCGUAUCUUAAAGUCCCUAUUGGCUAAGUAAAACCUACGAAAGCGGAAACUUAUUAAUUGACACUGAUCUGUUUGAAACUCGAAACCAUAAACGUAUGGUUUUCUUCAAACUCAGCAGUUUACCGAUUUUGCUCGCUUUAGGGAUCGAUCAUGCCUACUGUUUUCAUUUUUUGUGUUUUCAUCGUGCUGUCGUCUCUGAUAACAAAGGCCAGUUGCUCUUCAGAAGAAAAUCUCCUGCAACAAGAUGUCAGUUCUCUCAGUCAAACUGUUAAAGAGCGUCAGUUUUCAAAGGACGAGUUCCAUUACCUGAAUGUGACUCGAGUUGGAACAUCCACCGUGUACGACAUCUUUGACUGCAUCUUUGAAUGCCUCAGCAAUCCUAGGUGCUUUUCUUUUAACUUCGCUUCCUCCAAAGGAGAGGGUGGAAAACUUUGGUGCGAUCUGUUGUCUUGUGAUAAGUACAGAGACUUCAGAGAGUACAAUGAAAACGUGACUUCGCAUCACUUUUUCACUAUGUCACCUUGUUCUUCCAUGCCGUGUCGAAACGGAAGUACUUGUGUGACGAAUUACAAGCAUGACACCUUUGAAUGCCAUUGUGACAAAGGAUUCAAUGGUGAAUAUUGUGAGAAAGAAUGUUUCUUAAAAACAACGGGUGGCCAAUGCUGCAUCAUACCUUUCAGUUACAGAGGAGUGACAUACCACUCUUGUACUACUGUUGAUCACCACAGGUUGUGGUGUUCACUGGACGCUAUCUACACGGAAAACUGGUAAGAUUGUGGUAAGUAUUAGAUUGGUUUUGUGAUCAACUAAACACUUCAGAGUGAUAUGUCUGCAAGAAUCAAACAAAACCGCUCAACAGGGUUAAAACUUUGUAAGAUCUAAACUGCUCAAACUCGGGCUAGAGGGUUAUAGAUCGCUCUGGGGUUACGUUAUCAAGGAAUAUUUUUUUCGUCCAAAAAGAACAAAUUUUUUUUAGGGCCUGACACAAUAAAAUCCAACUUGAAAAGUAGCCAUUUUGAAGCGAACUACUUGCAUUAAGUAUAAAACCACAUUCACUUGUUGUCACCU